UUGCUCUGAUAUAGAUCAACCAAUGACCACACUGCCUUGAGCCUUCUACCAGAAGCAAAACACAAAGAAGGAAAAAGCAAGAAUUUUUGGCCUUCUAACCUCUUCGUGGCAAAGCCUAGAGAUGAAUAAUACAACUACUCUGACAAAUACCUCAAACCUUCAAGUAGGACAUUGCAACACACAGUGUAGGAUCAUUCUGAUGACACUCUACAGUGUGGUUUUGCUUGGAGGCACUACUGGUACUGUAUUGAUGUUACGCAUGAUGCUGAAAAGGAAAAGCCUGUCAGUGAUUGCCACAAUCGUCUUCAACAUCAUGGUGCUGCACUGCCUUCUCUUGGUCACCCUUCCCUUCCGCCUCAGCUACUAUGUCUUAGUCGUCUGGGAGCUUGGGUCUUUUACCUGCCGAGUAGUUAGUGGCAUCAUAUAUGGCCACAUGUACUUCACCUUCCUUUUUUAUGUGACUAUUGUUAUACUCCGAUUACUCAUCUAUUUUAAGAAACUCCAAAUGCAACAGUUACAGAAGUAUCAUGCUGUAGUCCUAAGCACAAUCAUUUGGAUGAUGGGUAGCCUCAUUUUUUUGCCAAUUUUUUUCCUACAGUAUGGUACAAAUCCAAGUUAUUCGGAGAAGCAAUGUUUUGAGUUCUACAAAGACCUCAACCGCAGGGAAUUCAUCAUCAUGAACUACUCCAUGAUUGUCAUCAUGAUGACAACAGUUGCAACUCUCUUUCUGAUACAGAUGGUUGUUAUCAUUCAGCUGAUCAAGGCUCUCUGGCCUGACCUGUGGGCCCAUCAAGAGUAUAGAGCCCAAAUCAAGAGUUUCUUCUUCCUCCUAGUUAUAGUUGUCUGCUUUAUACCCCAUCAUGUAUUCCGUGUACAUUUUAUUCAAAAUUAUUCAGAAAGUUCUGAGUUAGUUCUUUAUAAUGAAAUUUGUGUUGCUUUGACCACUGUCUGUUGCCUGGAUAUGCUAUGUUUCACAGGUGGAGUCAUCCAUUAAGCCUUCCAAAGCUUUUGGCUUUGUGGUCAGUGUCUCCACCACCAUAAAGAUGUAACUCCUACUGAGGGGUGGCUGCCAUGCUUUCAUGUGUUUUCCAAUACUCUUCUGUAAUUUGUCCUCAAAAUUGUUUUUCCACACAAAGGUGAAGAUGAUUGAUUACUCCCCUCACUUUAGAGAACAACUACCUGUUCUACUUUUGACAUUUAGCAUGUUUGAUCUCAGCCUACACAAGCUGAUCACAUCAUCCUUUCCAGACUCAUCAACUCCUUUAUUGUUGUUGUUGUUGUUUAUCAGCUUACUUCAGAUAUGUACAACUAACUGAUGAUUUCCCCAUACUUUCCAGAUCUUUGCUUUUAUGGAGGUUUGAUCCCAGAAUAUCCUUUCUCUUUAUCUCCAAAUUACCUAUUCUUCAAAAUCCAGAAAUUCCCAAAGAGUCUCUGAUUCUGUAGAAAAACUGACAUAUAGAAAAAUACUAAUUUAUUUAACUUAUGCUAGACCUGAGGUAACUACCUUUUGAAAAUGGCCAGUAUGCAAACAAUUUCUUAGUAUUGGGAGGGAAGCAUUAGCUCAGACAAAGAAGUUUGAAGAGUUAGAGGAAACUCAGGAAUGAUUGCACAGUGUUGUGCUUUGAUUCUGAUUAAGACAAUAGGUACCCAGGGGGCUGAGGUCACCUUGUAGGUAUUCCUUCCCCAACACUGAUCUAUUAAGCAGGAAAAACAAUUGGAAAAGGAAUAAGGCUGUAAGACUUUGCCUAUCCCUGUUUACAGACUCUUAACAUCAAACUUUGCUGACUGUAAGAGCGUUUGCAUGACUUUUCAAAGUACUCUAAAUAGCGAGGUAGAAUAUAUAAUUAAAAGUAACAUUGAUUUCAGCUAAAUUUAUUAAAACUAUCAACACAACCAACUACCAACUUUAAUUCUACUUACAUAAUACAGAAAUUGAGAUGCAAUUAGACUUUGCUUAUAAUGAUGAUAGCUAUGAGACUUAUUUAUUGGACCAUAUAGGCAAACAACACCCUUAGGGGUUAACAAAAAAGCAAACCUUAUGCCUAGGAUUUAUGGAGUAAUCUGAAAAUAUGGAUGAGGUAUUUACAAUCUCUGAGCUCCAGUUUUUUAUGGGCUAUUUUAUGGUCUGCUAGUGAGGCUAAAUUCUGUGUGUUAAGGCAACAAUGGGUGUGAAAUACAACAGAGGGCCUGGCAUGUAGGACUCAGCAUUAUAUUUCUUCUUUCCAACUCAGUAACAUAUUUUUGGCUAAAAAAUUUUAAUGCAUGUCCAAAAUCCUACAAAAUGUUGAUCCAAAAAGAAACAUGACAUUUGUGUAUCUAUACUGUAAACAAUUAUUUAAUCUGCUAUUCAAAAAUUAAAUGGAUUUCACACUCCUAA